AUGGCGGAGCAGCGCGCGGCCGACGACUUGUACCGCAGGACGUUGCGGCUUUUGGUCUCCGUUGCUGCUGAGCUGGCCUUUCCCAAGUUUCAGCUCAGAGGAGGUCAUACAUUGGGCGACGGCUUUCUCUACGAGCUGGAGGGCGGCAACAAUUCAGUCGAAGAGGUGGAGAGCAUCAAGCAGAAGCUUGCAGACUUAGUGGAGUCCGGCGAUGCCAUCGAGCAGGUGACCAAGCCCUGGAAGGAGGCCGUGGCCUACUUCAAGGAGCGGAGCUUGACGGGCGCCGCGGCGCUCCUGGCCUCGAGGGUCACAAGCGAGGUGCCUUGCUACCAAUGUCGUGGCGUCUUGCGGCUGAACCUGUUCCCGGUGCACGAGCGGGCAGCGGCCUUGAAGGCAGGGACCUACAACCUUGUGCACUACAGGGAAAUCCCUGGCUUUGUCGCCGCCUACACCAAGGAUUAUGAGCUUCAGUCGGCGCUGCUCAGUGCACACGUGGACCACAAAUGCUUCUGCAAGGCCUACCAGGUGCGCUCCGUAGGAGAGCUCAACGGCCUGCAGCAAGUGGGCCGAGGUCGCAAGGAUUUCGUCCUGGCCUGCGAGUUCCGCCAGGAGUGCAAGAUCUCGGAGAUCAUCGCCAAGGCACGCGCGUCGCGAGCGUUGCGGGAUUCGCGCGCGGCGAGCGCGUCGAAGGCUCGGAGUUUUCUGGACGGUCCGUUCCAGCAGUGUCACGGCAACUUGGAGCAGAGCGUUGGCCAUGGCGGAUACUUCAGGUGA